CCAUUGUAUCCAAAAUGCCAUCAACUUCCAAAUUGAUCAUUUUGGCAACCAUCGCGUUGAUUGGCGCCGUCUCUGGUCAAGAACAACAGGCAUGCGCUGUCAAUCAACUCUUUAAUGGACAAAUUUGCACGUGCGCUCCAGGAUAUUUCUCUUCAGCCAACGAUGACUCAAAGGCGCGUUGCGAUGAUGAAUGUGAAGAGGUGUAUUUCUCCGUUUUCACCACCGGAAAGUGUGUGGACAACAUCUUUGGCAAAGUGCCAAAGGAUCAACAACCUGCAUGUAAUUUGAGAUGUGGAAUCAGAAUUCGUCUUUGGGCAACCAUUGCUGCAUUCGUCGUUAUUGCUGCUGCUCUCGUAUCCCUUGUUCUUGCUCUUCCAAUGUGUAUCGCAUCUUGCUCAGCCUGUUUGAAUGCCAAAAAGGCCAACAAAAACGCUAAACGAGUUGCUCUUGAAGCUCAAGCUUCCCCAUCAAAAGAUCAACAAGUUGCCACAAUGGGAUACAAUCCAUACGCCUAUUGGCCAUAUUACGGACGUGCUUAAAACGCUCAUUUCAUUUCUCUUUUUUUUCUCAAAAAGUAUCCAAAAAAGCUCACACACCCAUUCCCCCAAAUCGGGUUUUUCUAUGCAUUUUAAUGUAAUUUUUUAUAAUUUUAUAAUUCAAGUUUUUCGAAGAACUACUUGCUCCACGAAUUUCGACCGCCCAAUCCAAAAACUGCCUUUCUCAUCCAAUUCCACGUAGAUGUUUUAUCGCUAAUGAAACAAUUGUUACUAUAUUAAUAAAUUGAAGUUUU